AGGAAGGAAGAAUCGACCAACCUGACGGACUAAUGAGUGCCAGUCAGUUAGUACAGAUGACCCGACGUUUUCUCUGGAAGAACCGUCGUGAAGUGGCCUUUGUCAUAGUUACUGUCAUCUUCUUGUACAUCUGGACUGACGGAUUUGGUAGACGGUCAAGCUAUCCACUCGAGUAUGUUGACCUUGAUUAUAAUCGUUGUGGUGUUCCAUGUUUAGGUCGAGACUGUUUGAAGUGUCAAUCAAAAAGCCCUGUGGUAAAGGUGAAAGAUAUCGAUAUUGUAAGUUACUUGCAUUUGCGGAAGGCCUUGCGACCAAAAACCUUGGAACAGUUCAAUGACUCCAUGAUAACUGUAAAUGGAGGACAUUUCUGUCAGCGACCCAGCUUCGAUUUGAACCAUGACAGUGUGAAAUAUGCAUUCUUUAAAAUGCCAAAGUUGAACUGUUCAAAGCAGGAGCUUUUCUUCAUUGAUAAGAAUGUAGUAAGGAUAAACAAGACAAAACUGUUGAAACUUUCUUUGAAAAAAUGUGUGUACUUUGGGAUAGAAAGGGCUUCAGAUGAUUUUGCCAGCUAUACUGAAUCAUUGACAAAAACAUCAGUACCCUUUGAUUUAAUACUGAAACAUGAUUUUGUAAGAAUAAAAUGCUAUACUCAGAAAAGUGAGAAGACUAAAGAAGAUGGUCCAACAAAUAAGCAGACUGCUGAACUGUCAUUAAAAAGACGCUUGAUGCAAUUGAAAUCACUAGAGCAACCAACUACUGCUGAUGAAAACCACGAACAAGAAAUAUAUAGAAGACAUUUUUAUAAGCAUACAAACAAUCUUGAUGGCAAAGUAAGUUUAAGAACUUUGAUUAACAAUGGUAAAAACAUAGUGACAACAAAAUCUGCACUGUACAGAAACAGCAGCAGAGACUUGCUACAUGCUGUUGAAACAGAUCUGGCUGAACAAGAUGAUGAGCCAGAUCACCCACUUCAAAAUCAUGGAGUCGACAUCGAAGAGGACAAUUACGGUGAUGCAUAUCACUACAAGGAAUCGCAUGACAUGGACUACGAAGAAGCAGACUUUGACCAGUUCCUUGUACAGGUGUAUCCAAAACCUGAAGUGUUCAACAGAAUCAGCAAGAUAGCUCUGCGGUCUGAUUUCCAGGAACGACCCAAUUUUCUCAUGUUUGGCCUGGAUUCUAUGUCUCGCUUGUCUUGGCAAAGGAAGAUGCCACGCACAUAUAAAUACUUGCAGGAAGUAUUGGGUUCUGUCAUCUUUGAAGGCUACAACAUUGUUGGGGACGCUACAACAGCAGCUCUCAUUCCCAUGCUGACAGGAAAAAGUGAAGUGGAGCUCCCUGAGGUACGCAAACACUUUGUGGAAAGUGAAUACGUAGAUAGCUAUCCAUUGGUCUGGAACAACUUCGCAAGCAAGGGCUAUGCCACAUUGUAUUCGGAAGAUGAGCCGAGCAUUGGGGUCUUCAACCUUAGACUUAACGGGUUCCUGCGACCACCAACGGACCACUACAUGCGGCCCUUUUGGCAGGCCCUCUGGGAGAGUCCUGUACGCAGGGAUAGCCCAAGAUAUUGCACUGGCAAUGUCCCCAAUCAUGUGUACUUGCUCAACUAUACUAAGGAGUUUUUUGUGAAGUAUGCAAAUGUGUCUAAGUUUGCUUUCACCUUUGGCAGUGAGCUGACACAUUGGGAUAACAAUCCUGGGGAGUAUAUUGACGCAGACUUUGUGGAGAUGUUUGAAUAUCUACAUAAGGGUGGUUUUCUUGACAAUACGUUUGUGAUUGUAUUUGCUGAUCACGGCGCAAGGUAUUCUCGUGUCCGUAAAACGAUUCAAGGUAAAAUGGAGGAGCGACUACCAAUGAUGUCCAUAGCUAUGCCAAAACAGAUCAGGGAAAACUAUCCGUUGUUAUGGAGAAACUUAAAAAGAAAUGCUGACAAGUUAGUAACUCCUUUUGACAUACAUGAGACUCUUAUUAACAUACUAAAUUUAUCACGUAAAAGUAAAGUGCAUUCCUUCACGACUAUUCCAAGAGGAAUAAGCCUGUUAGAUGAGGUACCGGCCAACCGGACGUGUUUGAUGGCUCACAUAGACAUGCAUUGGUGCACGUGUAUGAAGCAGCUUGAACUGGACGUGACUGACACUAAUGUGCAGAAGUCUGUUAACGCAUUUGUGGAUUUCCUGAACAGGCAGACAAGGCCUGUGCGCCAUUUAUGUGAAGAACUUCGAUUCAAGUCUCUUCUCCAUGCUGUCCUGCUGAUACCCAAUGAAAAGGUUCUGAUGUUUCAGAAGUCCAUUGAUGACGACAAUCGCCAUGGGAACUUCUCUAGUCACAUAAAUGUGGACCACGCCCAUUUUCAAAUCACCAUAGCAACCAGUCCAAACAAGGGCUUGUUUGAAACUACUGUCCAGGUGAAUAUGACAUCUGGAGCGUAUACAGUGCUGGAGUCAGCAGUGAGUCGACUUGAACGCUAUGGCAACCAGCCAGCCUGCGUGCAGGACAAGUACCCAGAUCUGCGUAAAUACUGUUACUGUAAGCUAUAGCUACGAUCUACACAUAGAGGAACCCAGGUCAAUAGUUAGUGUUGUGAACAGCAAGGUAGAUGCCAUCACUAUGUAUACCAAGUGUGUGUUAAUACUGUAGACAAUUUUACAUCAGGGCUCCUUGUUCUCACACAUAUACCCUAUAUUGGGAGUCGUUCUGUCAGUCCGUUUGUCUUACAGUCUGUUAACUUAAAUUGUUUUAGUUUGUGGAAAUGCUAACUACUUCCCCUUUGAAUUAACUAUACAAAAUGUAAUAACUAUUAGUUGUUCAAGUGGAAGAACCUUUUAUUUCCAGUCAUUCACACAUUGAUGACUAAUUUGCCCUUGAACAUAGCUGACAAAGUGGGGUGUUAGUGGCAUUUGUGACAAAGAUUUAGUUUUAAAUAUGGAUUCAAGUCCUAUUCUAUAGUGUGAUUAACUGUAAAGAUUAUCAAAAAAACAUGUUAAGGAAUGAUUGCAUAAACAUAAU